GAUAGUUUCUCUAAUCUGUGGAAUUAUCGCCUUCGUUUAUGAUUGCUGUUUUGUUAUAUUUUGUAUUUAUUAUAUUUAAUAAUUAAUUUUGAUAUUAUUCUCCGAAAAGUCUGCUCAAAAGUUUAAUAUACAGUAAACUGAGAUGGAUGAUGAAUCUAGUUCAGAUUUACAUAAAUGUUUGUCAGAGGGGCCAAUGGAUACUGAUGAAGGACCACUGAUUAACGAAAACUCAAAUGGAUUGUCUCAUUUACUAACGGAAGGCGAGUUCAACAGCGUGGACGCGGUGGUGGUGGACGAGUCGUCGGCCUCCAAUCAAGGUUUCCUCAAUGCGGUCGAGCUGUCUGCGGGUAGCGUGGGGGACUAUUUGGAUCAGAAUACAGAAGGAUUUAACACACACUCUUUUGAUGUGGGGGACAACGCGGUUACCUUCCCUAGCGAGUCUCUGACCGUGCUCUCUGACAGCGACUCGUUGCUUUAUGACAAUGUCUAUAAAGUGGCCUCUGAUACUGAUGGUGAUGUUACAGAGAGUCAGAAGGCGAAGAUGGAUACUGAUUAUGAGCUUCAGAAUGCUAGUGAAACAUCAAAUGUUGAUUUUCCAUCCAUAAUGGAGACAAAUGCUGCACGAUCAGGUGACACCAUUGAAGUGACUGCUAAAGAAGCUGCUAAGCAGUUAUGUGACUCAAAUACCAUUGACAAAGCACCAGAUGUGGAUGAUAAAAUAGUCGGGUUACAAAUUAAUAAGGUUGAAAAUCUAAGAGAUAUUGAAGUAACUAUUUUAAAUACACGGAAAGGCAUAGACACAUCUGAGGCUGAUACUGCUGCACAACUGAAGGAGAAAAAUACUUCAUUAUCUGCAGAAGAAAGUGCCUCAAAAAUUGCAGAGAAAACUGUUCCAACAUCUCAAAGGGAAAGUGUACCAAUUGUGCAAGAAAGUGCUCGAAAACCCUUAGAAAGAAAUGCCCUACUAGAUGCAGAAAAUAGUACAUCACUAGCAGCAAAAAAGUCUGUCAAGAUUACAGAGCAGAGUGUGAAAUUAGAUAAAGUUCCUAGUGCACAACCUCCUGAUGAAAGUUCAAUGGAAGAUAGUGAGUUAUUAAAGAGAGAUGACAAGGUUGGUGGUGCAGAAGAAACUGAGGUAGUCUCCGAAGAUGAAUUACCCACAGUAGAAAAACCAAGUGUGAAGGAUGCUGAGAAUGUGUCAGAUGAUGAAUUACCUGGCCCUAAACCUGCUGAGUUACCAGCUGACACAGAAGUUGUGUCUGAGGAUGAAUUGCCAGCUUCUAAGAAAGACUCUAAAGAGUCUCGAAAACGCAAACCUGAUGAAGAAAGGGAUGGAUAUGAUCCUGGAUCACCGACAUCAGAAAGUGAAUCUGCUAGCAAGAAACAAGCUAUUGCUAAGAAUGGCGAAAGUAAACCUAUUCCUGCUGAGAAGAGAUCAUCAAUUGAUGAAAAACCUAAAAAGAAAACCCUACCUGAACUGGACAAGUACUGGAAGGUUGUUAAUGACGACCCAACUGAUUUCACUGGCUGGACAUAUUUGCUGCAGUACGUCGACCAAGAGAGCGACGUAGAGGCGGCGCGCGAGGCGUAUGACGCGUUUUUGUCUCACUACCCGUAUUGCUACGGCUACUGGCGCAAAUACGCCGAUUAUGAGAAACGUAAAGGAAGUAAAAAGAAGUGUCUCGAGGUUUUGGAAAGAGGACUCAAAGCUAUACCAUUAUCAGUUGAUUUAUGGAUACACUAUCUUAAUCAUAUUAAGGCUACCAGAACUGAUGACCAUAGCUUUAUAAGAUCACAGUAUGAACGAGCUAUAGAUGCAUGUGGUUUGGAAUUUCGAUCGGAUCGACUUUGGGAAUCGUACAUCAAGUGGGAAGCGGAGAAUGGACCUGCUCUUAAUGUUACCAAUAUUUACGAUCGUUUAUUGGCUACACCGACGUUGGGAUAUACUUCGCACUUUGAUAAUUUUCAGGAGCAUGUGAUGUCGGAGCCAGUGACGGGCGCUGUGAGCAGCGCGGAGCUGGUGCGGCUGCGGGCCGACGUGCGCCACGCCGCGCCCGCGCAGCCGCAGCUCGACUUGCCGCCCGGCGAGGACGAGCCGCUCGACCACAUCGCUUCCGAGGAAGAAGCACAGGCGAUCAAAGAACGUAUAAUCGCCGCUCGUCGCAAGGUACACAAAGCAACCGGCGAACAAGUGGCUGCUAGGUGGUCCUUCGAGGAGGGCAUCAAGCGUCCAUACUUCCAUGUGAAGCCCUUGGAGAGAUGUCAGCUAAAAAACUGGAAGGCGUACCUAGAGUGGGAGAAACAGCAUGGUUCGCUAAAGCGUGCCUUAGUGUUACACGAACGGUGCCUUAUAGCCUGUGCACUUUAUGAAGAGUUCUGGAUGCGGUUGAUAAAGUUCCUGGAGGAGCGCAUAGAGAGCAACCCGGAGCUGGUGAGCGUGGAGCGCGAGGUGCUGGAGCGCGCGUGCACGGUGCACCACCUCGACAAGCCCGAGCUGCACUUGCACUGGGCGCACUUCGAGGAAGCCCACGGGAACCCCGCCAAAGCCGCCGAGAUCCUCGACCGGAUAGAGAAGACCUGUCCCAACCUUGUGCAAAUACAGUACAGACGUGUAAACCUGGAACGUCGACGAGGUGAUUACGAGAAAUGCUCCCAGUUGUACGAAGGGUACAUAGCGGCGGCGAAGAGCAAAGCGGUGGCGUCCGCUUUAUCUAUCAAAUACGCGCGGUUUCUGUAUCACGUGAAACGCGACGCAGCAGCCGCUGCCAAAGCGCUGGAUGAAGCUAUAACAAAGGACCCACUUAAUCACAGGCUACACAUGCAGAGGCUCGAUGUAGCAUUGCAUACCCCUGGUACACCUUACGAAGUGUUGGAAGAGCUGGUGCAGGCGUACGAGCGGCAGGAGGGCGCGGAGGCGGAGGUGAGCGCGAGCCUGGCGUGGCGGCGGCGCGAGCUGGCCGAGGAGCUGGGCCCGGCCGCCGCCGCGCGCGCCGCCGCCGCGCACGCGCGCGCGCUCGCCAAGCACCUGCGCAAGCGCGCGCGCAAGGACAAGCACGAGCCCCCGCCGCUACCCAGCGCUGCUACGGAACCGUCGAAGAAGAAAGAGAGCAGUGCGGCGACGACAUCAGCGACCACGCCGAGCAGCAACUCAUACUACCAGACAUCCGCCGCCACAGCGCAGUCAUACGAUCAGUCGUACGCACAGCCCUAUCAGCCACCGUGGGGAUACCAGCAGGCACCCGGCCCCUAUCAACACCAUCCCCAUCCCUGGCCGCAAUACCCCAACUAUUACUAACACAGAUAUGGAGCUAAACAGACAUAGAUGUAGGUGGCACAACUGUGUGCUACAAAGUUUUCGCUCUUAAGUAAGCAUAUGCUUUUAAUACAGCAUAUUUCUCACAUUCUCACUCGAAAAAAAUCGCAAGUAACUAUUUUUAUCUGCAAUAACUUAAUAACAUAUUUGUUACCUUUUUCUGUUAAAAAUUAAUUGGGAAUUAUAAUUGUUAUGAUCAGUGUAUCAGUCUCUAUCUCGUUCUUUUUUAGUCAGUCGUUAUGAACCCUCGACAGACUGCGAUUUUAUUUCACUUAUAACGAAAUGUCGCCGAUAAAUAACAAUUAAAAUGAAACCUAAACUAAAAUGGCCCCUUAACAAGGCGCACAUAGACUUAUAAACACUUUUUGCUCAUAGUUUCACUUCUGAUACUGAGGUAGGCACGGCCCAUCCAACCUCUUCUCCUAAAUAUGCCUAUACACUACGCUCUUCUCUAAAAAAAAAGCUUAUCUCGUGACAUGUUACUUUUGAGUUAGAAUGAAAAACUAAGUAAAUUUUUCAAGUGUUAAGUUGUUGAGUUGAUAAUGACUUAGACAUGAUGCACAUGUGCUUGCCUAAAUUGAUUUUUAUAGCAAAUAUUGCAAUAAUAUCCAGAUAAAAUUAACAUUUUUUUCUGAUCUGAGAGUGUUAUAAAUAUCAUAAAAUUUGUGACAUGUGUUUUUUUUAGCAUAGCUAAAUGAUUUUUGUAAUGUAAUAGAAAAUGUGUUAUGCUCAUUUCUCAUAAUUAAGUUCUCGUCGUCUAUCUUCAUCUAUGUCUGGAUUACUAACGCACCCACAAAAUUAAUAUGUUGCCUUAAUGAAAGUGCUCUUAUACGGGCAAUUUAAAUUGUGAAAUCGUGACCAAUGUUUGCAAAUUUUGAUGCCACGAUAUCCAACAAUUUACUGCUAUGCCACCAUAGUACUAGGUACAUACGUUGCCAUGCUAAUUUUAAGCGACGUAGAGCAGUUUAAUAAUCUAUUAUCUUCACUAGAUUUCAGAAGCAAAUCUAAUUUAAAAAAUUACUCGUGUAAGAGCGCCUUUGUUAAUAUAGCUAGCUAUAGGAUAAAAUAUGUCGUAGUAUAUUUUUCGCUUGACUGAGCCAUUUUAUGGUUUGUACAAAUACUUGACGCAUGUGCAGCAAUAUUUUCAAAGAAAAAAGAAUUAGAUAAUGGAAAGUCAAUGUUUUUCCAUGAAGAAUGUUUAUUAAAAGUAAACUUUAUAAUAAAUCUGAGACAUAUAAUUUGGGAAAUAAAGAUUUGUCACAAUA